GAAGGAUUAAUUGCAUCAAGUAACAAAGUUUCAACAAAAAUUUAAAGUGUACUACAACACAUUCAUCUAUUGCGUAAAUCUGACCUUGGUCGUGAAUGCUUUGGGCGUAAGAAUACUGUCUAGUUGCCCUGCUCUAAUCUAUAUUGAGCAGGGUGUGCGCGGAGAUCACCGCAGUUUGCUGUUGGUUCUCUUCAAGGGCAGGAGUAAUGCCGGGUGUUCUAAAUUCUAAUUCAGUUUGUGGAUAUAGCUCAGUUGGAAAAAUGGCUUUCAUUAUAGACCCAGAUUCUUUGAAUUCCUACUUCAGUGAUGGUAUGCUAGAUGUGGAAGACAUUGACACUCACAUCUUUGAAUCUUCACCAUCUUCUCAGUCAUCCUUGGCCACUACCUGUGAUAGCAUUGAUAGUGAUGUUGAUUUGCCUGAUGAUGAACACCCAGUGGACUUGAUUAAAUACUUGGAUAGCCCUGAUAUUGAUGCUGGCCUGAACAUAAAAUGUGAAGGGGACUGCAACAUGUGUGAUACACCCAAUAAGUACAUCAAGUACAGGGUGUCAGCAAGACAAGACCCAUUUAUGGGUAUGGGAGCCAUACAGCCACAGCCAAGUUCUAUUUGUGGGACUCCAACUAGUGAGCCUACAAACAUUCUUCUAGGACCCAAUAUGAAUCCAUUAGACUUUGACUUUGACCAAAGCUUCCAACAACAGCAACUGCAACAACAGAGAUUUUGUGCUUGGGGACACAUACCCAAAACAGACGAUAGCUUGGAUCUCCUAAAUAAAAGCAGUGUUUAUCCUAAUUUCUUGGGUUUGUUUGAAGAGGAGGCGGAGGAGGUUGUAUUCCCAGAGACCCCCUCACCUUCCAGUCACUCCAGUACAAUCACAGGUGAUGAUAGUGAUGUUGACAUCGAGACAAUCACUGAUGCUCCACGUAGCGCAGACUAUUGUGGAUAUGUAACUCAGGAUUCUUCACCUGCGAUGAGUCCUGCUGCUUCUCCUGGUCCAGUUGGCAAACUUAGUGGGAGCCUCAUGACAAUGCUUUCCAAGUCAUCAACUGCUUCUGCCCAGCUGAAAGCCUUGUCUCCUUCCAGUGGGAAGUCAUCAGUUGGAUUUACUUCGUAUGGAGUGUCCAGCUCAGCCUCCCUGGCUGAAAACUUAAUGGCUGGUCGUACCAGUCUGCUUGGCCAGAAACGCAAAAUGGCAAAGGAGAAAAAGAUGAAGACCAGCAUCCAGCCAGCCUAUACACAUAUUCUGUGCAACAGUAACAGCGUCAACUUCCAUGAUUAUGCCAUGAGCCCUGGAGCUUGUGCAUACCCAUCAUCCUCAACAGAAACAGGCAGACCCACUGUCCUGUCUAAGAGGAUUUACAAAAGGAAGCAGCUGGCCUUAGAUGCUUCUGACAAGGAGAAGCAACACCACCACAACCAGUUGGAAAGAAACCGCCGUCAGAAGCUGGCUGAUUUGUUUGUUGAUUUGAGAGACGAAGUGCCCAAAAUAGCACAUCAGGUCAAGGCAUCUAAGGUAGUGAUCUUAAAUGAAUCAACAACUUACAUUAGAGAACUUCAAAAAUUUCACAAACAACAAGAGGAUGACAUUUCUAGAGAACUUCACAAAAAAGAGUUGCUUAAAAAGCAGCUGCGCCAGCUACAGUCAAGAAGUGGGGUUAAGUAAUAAAGUUUUUCUAUGCAGUUUUGGACUAGUUUGAACUUUUGGUAUAGAAGUGUGUGAUGCAAGUACAUCCCCUGAUGUAUGAAUGUGAAAGUUAAGUAAGGUCUGUGAGUUUGCUUUGCUCUGAUUAAUAUAAUUAUUGAAAGUGUAAGUUAAGAAAGGUUUGUUUGUUUGAUUUGUGCUGAUUAAUGUAAUUAUUGAAAGAGUAAAGAUGUGCAACAAAUGCAAUGUACAUAAAAGAUUUAUAUUUGAAUGGUGGCUGUCAGGUCACUAUAUGAAGUAUAUGAAUGGAGACUGGCCUGACAUAUGUUUCAAGGCUUGCUCUCAUUUGUUUUUUCACUGCCUUUUUUAUUUUCUUAUUUUCUUUUUUAUGAUUUGAAACGGGUCCAAAUUUCUGUUAAGUAGGACACUGUAAAUUGUAAGGACAGUGAUUUUUGUCCAGUUCUACUUGUGUGUCAAAAAUGUAGCAAAGACAUGGUAAAUUUUAAGGACAGAUUGAAUUGUGUGUUAAGAUUGUCCAUUUCUACUUGCGUGUCAAAUUGAUAACUAAGACAUGGAAUUGUAAGGACACAAUGAUUGUGUUCAGUUCUACUUUGGAUGUUAAGAAAAGUGUGUUCAGCUGUGAGAUAAUGUUCAGCACUCAAUUUGUCAGAUGUUGAUAUUCAUUUCACAAAUUUACAAUUAAGUCUCCUGUAUGAGAAAGUUCAAUGUUUUUUUUUUUAUUCUGGCAUUUUAAUUGGAAUCUGUAGGCAUUGAUAUAAAAAUGUUCCCUUAAUACUUCACCUCUGUUGGUGAAUUUGUAGGCAUUAGUAUAAAAAUGUUUCCUUAAUAUUUCCCCUGUUGAUGAUUUUGUAGGCAUUAGUAUGACUAUUUUUUUCAAUACUUCAAAUGUUUUCUAUUUUUCAUACUUGCCUUAAGGUAAUGGUCAAUUUCUAUAAACCACCAAUUUGUUUUUUGUGAGUGAGCAUUUUUCACCCAAUUUUUUAUAGCCCUAUAUUACACAGUGGUCUCCAUACAGUGAAGUUGUCAUGAACUUUUAACUUGUGUACUGAAUUGUUUAUGGUUGCAAGCUGUAAUAAGUUCAAGAUUGAUGUUUUAAAAAUAAUGUAAUAUUGGGUUUAGAUUGUUAACAGAUUUGUAUGUACAGUGUUAUUUGCCUAGUUCUGUUCACUAGUAUUAAUGACUGAUGUUAGUAAGAUGCUCUAAAGGAAUACAGCUUGACUGCUGACUAUUGUUUGUUUUCUUGAUGAAAUUCUUGUUAUGUAACAUAUGUACAGAUUGUCAAAAGUAUUGACAGUUUUAAUUUGUGUGUAUUUUUUGUUAACAGAAAAAUUAAAUGUAAUGAACUUGGUGUGUUAAACAGCACAGUUUGAUUUGAUUAUAUUUUUUUGAUGAAUAAACUUAUAAAAAGUCAA